AUGGCCCGCCGCCGAGCGCAACUCUGGGGUGGAGUGGAUCAGCUGCCCUCAACUGGGUUAGAAGUUCAGAUUCCACGUCACAACCUGUGUCCUGAACCGGCACCGCGCCUUGGUACUGGUUCUAGACAUUCUGUGAAGAAGCAGAACUGGCCCACUUCGUCUUUUGUCAACAAGCCUUGUAAGUGGGUCAUUCCACCAGUGUCUCCAGACAAGAAGGUCUGUGUUUUGGAUUUUCCGCCUCGUCUGACGUUGGAGGUGGAAGUUCAACAGGCUUUUAGAGAAGAGUUUUGUCGUGUGGCAGCUCGCAUGGGAAUCGGCUACUUCCAUGUGGCUGAGCACUUUCGGCUGGACAGACAAAUGUUGUGGUGCUGGGAUGGUGUCCAUCUGAGUGACGAUCAUGGGAUGGGCAUCUACGCUGAGCUGCUCAGUCAGGCCUGCUCCCAGCAGCUUGAAAAGGAGGUUCCUUCCAUUGUGGUUCCUCCCUCCCCAUCUAAAUCGUACACCUGGAGGUAUAAGCCAAAAGUGGUUGUGGUUGGCCCUGAGCCUUCGCCACGCCCACCCCCUCCUGAAUGGACAGUUGUUGGACAAGGCCGAAAGGUGAGGACUCUUAAGUGUUUUGACAUAAACUCAUGGAUAAGUUUGUGGAAUUAG